GAGUUACAGGCGCGCGCGCUUCGGCGCGGGGUCGCCGGGCUCGAGGCCGCACUGCGAGCUCGCGGCCGCAGGAAACAUGGCCGCUCAGCGUCUCCUCCAGGGCCAUGUGCUCUGUGCCCCGGCGACGGUCUCCGCUAGCCAGGCGCACCGUCCAAACCAGCUGACCAAAGAAAUGGUGAUGGAGAAGCCAAGUGCCCAGCUUGUCGGGCGAGAGUUUGUCCGACAGUACUACACACUCCUCAAUCAGGCCCCUGACUUCCUUCACAGAUUUUAUGGAAAGAACUCUUCUUACGUACAUGGAGGUUUGGACACCAGCGGGAAGCCAGCGGAGGCAGUUUAUGGGCAGGCUGAAAUCCACAAGAAGGUUAUGGCUUUGGGCUUCCGGGACUGCCACACCAAGAUCCGGCACGUGGACGCCCACGCCACCCUGAGCGAGGGAGUGGUGGUCCAGGUCAUGGGCGAGCUGUCCAACAACAUGCAGCCUAUGAGGAAGUUCAUGCAGACCUUCGUUCUGGCCCCGGAGGGAACCGUGGCAAACAAGUUCUACGUACACAACGACAUUUUCCGUUAUCAGGACGAGGUUUUCGCCGAUUCUGAUUCCGAGCCUCCGGAAGAGUCUGAGGAAGAUGUGGAGGAGCUGGAAGAGAGGGCUAACUCGCCAGAGGGUGUACAAGAAGAAUCUGCAGAAUUCUACCACCAGACACCAUGUGUGGAGCCGGAGGACACCGUCACCCCUGAGCCUGAGCCGGAGGCAGAACCUGUGCACGACCCUGAGCCGGUAGCAGAACCGGAGCAGGUCACCGCGGAACUGAAACGGGAGCUAGAAUCCGCACCCGAGCCCCCCGUGGAGGAGCAGGCAGAGAAGUGCCCGGCCUCCCCCACCCCCGCAGACCCUCCACCUGCCAUGCCGGAGGAGACUAGGCCUUUCUCCUGGGCCUCUGUAACCAGUAAGAAUAUUCCGCCUGGCGGUGUGGUCCCAGUCUCAGGAAUCCCACCUCAUGUGGUGAAAGUCCCAGCAGUACAGCCCCGGGUGGAGGUGAAGACGGAAGCCCAGAGUGCACCACAGAGACCCCAGCGGGAUCAGCGGGCUGGGCCCCGUGAGCAGAGGGCAGGGCCUCCGCCAGCGCACAGAGGCCCUCGGCCUGGAGCUCGCGAUGGUGAGGCGGGCGAGGCGGGCGUGGCGGAGGUGCGCCGCGUGGUGAGGUAUUCCGAUAGCCAGCAGCUGUUUGUGGGCAAUGUGCCGCAUGACGUGGACAAGGCCGACCUCAAGGAGUUCUUUGAACAAUAUGGCACCGUUCUGGAACUACGGAUCAACAGCGGCGGCAAGCUGCCCAACUUUGGAUUCGUCGUGUUCGACGAUUCAGAGCCCGUGCAGAAAAUCCUCAGCAGCCGGCCCAUCAAGUUCCGCGGAGACGUCCGCUUGAAUGUGGAGGAGAAGAAAACCCGUUCGGCCCGGGAGGGGGAACGUCGGGACACCCGGCCCAGGGGCCCCGGUGGCCCGCGGGACCGACCCGGAGGCAUCCGGGGCCCGCCGAGCCGUGGGGCCGCGGCCCAGAAGCCCAGCUUCGGUGCUGGGCGAGGGACCGGGUCCGGGGACAGCCGCUACAGCGGCCAGCGCCAGUGACGGGCUUCUGGCAUCGCCCGCGCUCUGACCCGAGGGGCACGGGUGACUUCUGGCCCAGCUUAUCUCAUCUUCAGUUCUGGGGUUUUAUGAUCCCAACCUGAUUUGGACUUCUCUUCUCUUCUGGCUGGUUUUUAAGUUCUGAACUUGUAAUUACGAGGGGGGAGGGGGUACAGCUACUUGAAUCGACAACCUGGACUGGUUUUAACGUUCUCCUGUUUCUUAAAGGAACGUGUUUUUACUACUUGGGCAAUCCUGUGUAUUGCUACCUUCCC